AUGGCUCCCAUCAAACGAAAGGCGCAGACUGAGGAGCGCGAUGUGAAGCGCUCCAAGGCUGACAGCUCAGCUGCUGCAUCAGCCAAGAAGAGACAACCUCCGGAGACCAAGGAACAGGGCGACAGGAACCCCGUCAAGGCCUCGAUCCUCUCGCAAGAAGAUCGUGCUUUCCCUCGUGGUGGUGCCAGUGUCUUGACCCCUCUGGAGCACAAGCAGAUCAAGAUUCAGGCCGAACGCGACGUUCUUUUCGAGCAGGCUGGAGGAAAGAAGCAAAAGUCUGACCAAUUCUCCGACGACGACGACGACGAUGAGAAUGCCGCUGCUGGCGCCGACUCUGGCGCUGCCCCCAGGAAGAAGAGAAAGACAAAGGCCGACAAGAGGGCUGCCAAACAAGCCGAAGACGACAAGCCUACCAUCAAGAUCCACGGUCUGAGUUACAAGAACAUUGCUGUUGGCACUCUAGUACUGGGCCAGGUCACCGACAUCACAUCGCGCGAUGUCGCUCUUGCUCUGCCCAACAACCUCACAGGAUUCAUCCCCUUGACGGCAAUCUCGGAAAAGGUCAAUCAGAAGAUCGAGGCCCUGCUGGCUCAGGCCGACGAGGAUGUCAAGGACGAGAGCGAAGACGAAGACGACGACCUCGACCUCAGGUCACUGUUCCACGUUGGUCAGUGGCUCCGAGCCAUUGUUACCUCGACCGCCGACGAGAUGGCUGUCAAUGGCUUGCGCAAAUCGAAAAAGAGAAUCGAACUCUCCGUCGACCCGAAGCAAGCAAACGUUGGUCUUGAUACCUCAAAUCUCCCGGUUCACUCGACUCUGCAAGCCUCGGUACGCAGUGUGGAAGACCACGGUCUGGUCAUGGAUUUGGGACUGGACGACGAGUCGGUCAGAGGUUUCGUGUCCAAGAAAGAGCUAGGAAAGGUUUUCGACAUCUCCAAGAUUCACGAGGGCCAGGUCAUGCUUUGUGUAGUCACUGGCAAGGCCUCAGACAACAAGGUCAUCAAGCUGGCUCCCGAUUUCACAAAGAUAGGCGACAUCAACAAGCACUGUCUAUCAGACGCCCCCACGAUUGAUGCUUUCCUGCCCGGUACCGCUGUCGAAGUCCUGGUCACUGAGUCAAGCCGUGGAGGUAUUGCCACAAAGAUCAUGGGUAUGCUCGAUGCGACGGCGGAUGUCAUUCACUCGGGCGCCGGUGCCCGCGUAGACGACGUGUCCAAGAAGUACAAGAUUGGCUCAAAAGUCAAGGCUCGUGUCAUCUGCACUUUCCACUCCGCCGAGACCAAGAAGAUCGGUAUCUCCUUCCUUGACCACGUCAAGACUUUCAAGGCGUUUGCUCUUGGUAGCGAAAAGAAGGCCGACAAGAUUGGUCCUUCUUCAAUAGUCGAGGAUGCUCAGGUCGUGCAUGUCGAGCCUGCAAUGGGUCUUUUCCUCAAGCUCACCGGCUCUUCAAACCCUGGUUUUGCUCACAUCUCCAGAAUUUCUGAGAAGAAGAUCGACACACUUUCCGAGACCAUCGGCCAAUACAAACUCGAAUCCACUCACCGCGCCAGAAUCCUUGGUUUCAACCCUGUUGAUGCCGUCUACAACGUUUCUCUUGAGCAGAAGAUUCUGGACCAGCCUUUCUUGCGCAUUGAGGAUGUCGAGGUUGGCCAAGUCGUCAAGGCGACUGUCAUGAAGAUCAUUCUAGGAGUAAAGGGCGUUACUGGUGUCCUCGUUCAGCUUGCCGACGGCAUUGAUGGUCUUGUUCCCGAGGCGCACAUGGCCGACGUAAAGCUGCAACAUCCCGAGAAGAAGUUCAGAGAAGGUUUCCCUGUCACCGCACGUGUUCUUACUGUCGACCCCGAGAAGAACCAGAUCCGCUUGACCCUCAAGAAGACUCUGGUCAACGCUGACGCUAAGAUUUGGAAGUCAUACGAGGACAUCAACGUUGGAGACGAAGCACCUGGUACUAUUAUUAACAUCAAGCCCAAUGGUGCUGUUGUUCAAUUCUACGGCAAGGUUAGAGCAUGGCUCCCUGUGGCUGAGAUGAGCGAGGCAUAUAUUUCGGACCCCUCCCAACACUUCAGACAAGGUCAAACUGUCAUGGUACACGCCAUUUCUGUUGAUGCAGAGGCCAACGAGCUCAAGGUUUCUUGCAAGGAUGCUUCUGCUUUCGGCAAGGACGAAGAGUCUGCCUGGAGCAACCUGAAGGAGGGCCAGUUGAUCAACGCAUCCGUCACCGAGGUCACUGGUGAGAGCGUCAUGCUUGAUUUGGAAGGUUCAAACCUCAAGGGCACGCUCCGCCUGACCCAUCUUACCGAUGGAUCGGAGGCAAAGAACAAGUCUACUCUGAAGCAGAUCAGAGUCGGCCAGAAGCUGAACGAGCUUGUCGUGCUGGAGAAGCUGGACAGAAGACAUCUGGUUGUUUUGAGUAACAAGCCUAGCUUAGUCAAGGCCGCCAACUCCAAGUCCCUGGUCAGUGAUUUCAAGAGCCUAGCACAAGGCCAGGAGAUCAGCGGUUUCGUGCGUAACAUCACACCCGAUGGUGUGUUCGUUGAGUUCGCCGCCGGUCUUGUUGGUUUCAUGCCCAAGACCCAGAUCACACAAGAGAAGCUUGCGUUGCCUGCAUUCGGUCUGCGCAAGGAUCAAUCCAUCUCCGCUAGAGUUCUGUCUGUCAACAACGACUCUAAGCGCUUCGUUCUCACUAUCCGCCCUGAAGAGAAGAAGGUGGAGAAGCUUCAAGCCGCUGUUGACACCACUGUCACCAACCCUGUGGAUGGAGUCUCUGCUUCCCUCACUGACUUCACACUGGGCAAGGAGACUCAGGCACGCAUCGUUUCCAUCAAGGACACUCAGCUCAAUGUCUUGCUCGCCGACAACAUUCAAGGUCGCAUCGACGUAUCUGAAGUGUUCAACAGCUGGGAAGACAUCAAGGACAGAAAGAAGCCCCUGCAAAAAUUCAAGGCCAAGCAGGUCCUUCCCGUCAAGGUGCUUGGUAUCCACGAUGCUCGCAACCACCGUUUCCUGCCUAUUACUCACCGCCACUCUCGUGUCCCCGUUCUUGAGCUUACUGCUAAGACUAACACUACACUGAAGUCAGAGUCUGAUAUUUUGACUCUUGAUCAGGUCAAGGUUGACUCUACCUGGAUUGCUUACGUCAACAACAUUGGUGACAAGUGCUUGUGGGCUAACUUGUCUCCCAACGUCCGUGGUCGCAUUGACCUGCUUGAUGUUUCUGACGACGUUUCCCUGCUUCAGGAUAUCCCCAAGAACUUCCCUGUUGGCUCUGCUAUCCGUGUCAAGGUCAAGAGCGUCGACGCUGCUGCCAACCGUCUGGAUCUUGUUGCCGCUUCUGCUGCCUCAUCAGCUCCUGUCACUCUCAAGACCCUUACUGAUGGCCAAAUCCUCGCCGGAAAGGUUACCAAGGUCAGCGAGCGUAACGUUAUCGUCCAGCUCAGCGACUCAGUUUCUGGUAUUGUCACCCUGACCGAGUUGUCUGAUGACUUCACAGAGGCCAACCCUACCACACACAGCAGAGGCGACAUUGUUCGUGUCUGCCGUGUCUACCUCAGCAUGCGCCCCUCCAAGGUCCUCAGUUCGGCACUGCCCGUCGAGGACCGUCAAAUCACCUCUAUUCCUCAAUUGGUCGUCAACGAUGUCGUCCGUGGUUUCGUCAAGGCUGUUACUGAGAAGGGUGUCAUCGUCAACCUCGGCCCCCGUGUCGAUGCUUUCGUCCGUAUCUCUGAUCUGUCAGACCAGUUCGUAAAGGACUGGAAGUCAGCAGUCGAGAUCGACCAGCUCGUCAAGGGUAAGAUUUUGCAGGUCGAUGCAAACCUCAAUCACGUCCAGAUGAGUCUGAAGCAGUCUCAUGUCGACAAGGACUACGUCCCCGCCAACUCUUUCGCCGACCUCAAGGUUGGUCAGUUUGUCACCGGUAAGGUGAGAAAGGUUGAGGACUUUGGUGUCUUUAUUGACAUCGACAACACCAUUCCUCGUGUCAGUGGUCUGUGUCACAAGAGUCAGAUUGCCGAUUCUGCUGUGGAAGAUGUCAAGAAGCUUUACGAUGCUGGUGAUCUUGUCAAGGCCAAGGUCUUGCACAUCGAUACCGAGAAGCGUCGCAUCAGUUUCGGUUUGAAGGCUUCGUACUUCAAAGAUCUCGAUGGCGAUGAGGAGAUGGAAGAUGACGAUGAGGAUGAAGAGUCUGAUGGCGAGGGCGUUGCUCUUGAUGACGAUGCUUCCGAAUCCGAUGACGGUGUUGACAUUGACAUGUCCAAUGUACAAGACAUGGAGAGUGAUGAAGAAGCUGCGUCCGACGAGGAGAUGAGUGAAAACGACGCACCUGCCACCCGCAAAUCCAUCCUCGGCGGUCUUACCACUUCCGGUUUCGACUGGAGUGGUGCUUCUGCUCUUGACAAUGACGGUGCCAUUUCAGACGCUGAAGAAGCAUCGGCACCGCUCAAGAAGCGUAAGCGCAAGGCCGCUAUCCAAGUCGACCAGACUGGCGACCUCGACGCCAAUGGUCCUCAGUCCGUCGCUGACUUUGAACGUAUGCUGUUGACAUCUCCAUCCGACUCCUCGCUCUGGAUCCAAUACAUGGCCUUCCAGCUCGGCCUCUCAGAAGUCCAGAAGGCGCGCGACAUUGGUCAACGUGCCCUUCGCACAAUCCACCUCCGCGAGCAAGAUGAGAAGCAAAACAUCUGGGUUGCCCUGCUCAACUUGGAGGUCGCCUACGGUGAUGCCGACUCAGUAGACGCCACCUUCAAGGAUGCCUGCAAGGUCCAAGACAGCUUCGCCAUGCACGAAAAGCUCGCCGCCAUCUACACAUCCUCGGGCGACUUCCGCGCCGCCGAGAAGAUCUUCGACGCAAUGGCAUCUACAAAGUCGUUCCGUCCUAACCCCAACCUCUGGCUCAACUACGCAACCUUCCUCUUCGAGAAACGCGACGCUGCCUCUCAAGCCCGCGCCCUUCUGCCCCGCGCACUGCAGUCGGUCGCCUCCCACGACCACCGCAACCUCACUGCCAAAUUCGCAGCUCUCGAGUUCCGCACGUCCACUGGCGAGCCCGAGCGCGCACGCACAAUUUUCGAGUCCAUGCUCACACAAUGGACGAAAUGGACACAAGGCUGGGACAUGUGGUGCGAUCUCGAACGCAGCCUCGCCAAGCAAACCGGCAAGUCUGAAGACGUGGAACGUGUCCGCGGCCUGUUUGAGCGCAUGGCCAAUGGCAAGAUGAAGAAGCGUCGUGCGAGAUUUGUCUUCAAGCGCUGGUUGGAAUUUGAAGAAGAGUUGGGCGAUGCCAAACAUGUUGAAGCCGUCAAAGCCAGAGCCAAGGCCUUUGUCGAGAAGAUGCAGAAUGGAGAUGACGAGGAGAUGGAAGAGUAG